AUGUCCAAUGCAGCACUGCUGGCCAGAGCAAGCUUUGUAUUUAAAUGGAGAAUCAGAACAGUUUUUCAUCAUUAUCAGCCAGGGAUAACACAAUUCAUCAUCUUCUCGGGGGUGCAGUUCUUGAAAAUUUUUAAGGAAAGUUCAAGAAGAAAGCCAAAAUACAAUGGCCUUGGCGCAGGCAUGAAGAGAUUGGUGCUUUGGCUCUUCAUCACCAAAAUAAAGAUAAGCACAGCAUUGCGCACUCAACAAAAUAUAGUGUAUAUUAAUGUUAGCUUUACCUUACAAAAUUUAACACAUAAGUUCCCAUUAAACGUUUAUUUAGGGGGUUCUAUUUUUUUAAGUUUAUUUUUCAAACAGUAUUUUGCGCCAAUAAGUACAUGGUCAGAUGGAAAAUGA